AUGGAAAACCAUGGCAAGGGAUCGGGAGGUGAGGAAGGAGAGGGCGCAGAGGAGGUCAGCGACAAGAGCAAGCGGACCGAGGAGCAGAGCAACAGAGCGGAGAAGGGGGAGAAGGAGAGCAGUGAGAAGGAGAGGGGCGAGAGCAGUGAGAAGGAGAGGGGCGAGAGCAGUGAGAAGGAGAGGGGCGAGAGCAGGAGGGAGGGCCGCCGCGCCCUGUGGAGGAGCGGCUGGGCGCUGACGGAACGUCUGGCCAUCAAUGUGUCGGGGAUGCGCUACGAGACUCAACUCAGCACCCUUGCCCAGUUCCCCGACUCCUUGCUGGGGGACCCCCAGCGCCGGCUGCGCUACUUCGACCCCCUGCGAAACGAAGUCUUCCUUGACCGGAGCCGCAUCUGCUUCGACGCCAUCCUUUACUUCUACCAGUCCGGCGGGCGGCUGCGCAGGCCCGCCAAUGUGCCUCUGGACGCGUUCAUGGAGGAGCUGCGCUUCUACGAGCUGGGAGAGGAGGUCGUGGAGCGCUUCAAGGAGGACGAAGGCUUUGCCAAGGAGGAGGAGAGGCCUCUGCCAACAAACGAGCUGCAGCGCCGGCUCUGGAUGCUGUUUGAGCACCCGGAGUCCUCUGGUGCAGCCCGCAUCAUUGCCAUCAUCAGCGUCAUGGUCAUUGUGGUGUCCAUUCUCAUCUUCUGCCUGGAGACGCUGCCUGAGUUCAGGGCUGAGAAGGAGUUGAGGGAGCAAUUCAUAACGAUGCCCCAUCCUACAAUAGCAAAUGAAAGCAUACUGGUUGCACCUGGCUUUGCCUCCUUCCAAGACCCCUUCUUCAUAGUAGAGACAGUGUGCAUCUUCUGGUUCUCCUUUGAACUCAUCAUGCGCUUCAUCUGCUCCCCCAGCAAGACCAUCUUCUUCAAAGAUGUUAUGAACACAAUUGACUUCUUCGCCAUCAUUCCCUAUUUUGUCACACUGGGCACGGAGCUGGCCAAGGACAAAGGGGCCACCCCGUCCGUGUCCCUAGCCUUGAUCAGGGUCAUUAGGUUGGUGAGGGUGUUCAGAAUCUUUAAGCUAUCUCGUCACUCCAAGGGCCUCCAGAUCUUGGGUCAGACGCUGAAAGCCAGCCUGCGCGAGCUUGCUUUGCUCAUCUUCUUCCUCUUCAUCGGCGUCAUCAUCUUCUCCAGUGCUGUCUACUUUGCCGAGGUAGACAACCCUGAUACAGCCUUCACCAGCAUCCCUGAGGCCUUCUGGUGGGCCGUGGUCUCCAUGACCACGGUGGGCUAUGGGGACAUGUACCCGGAAACGGUUGGGGGUAAGCUGGUGGGGUCCAUGUGUGCGAUCGCCGGAGUUCUCACCAUCUCCCUGCCAGUUCCUGUCAUUGUGUCCAACUUCAGCUACUUUUACCACCGUGAGAUGGAGUGCGAGGAUAACACAGAAUACAACCACGUCCCCACCUCUCUAUGGGAGGAUGGGCCCGAGUGGACAGAGGAGGAGGAGGAGGAUGAAGGAGCAGACGAUGGUCCUGAGGGCAUGGGAGAUAAUGCCCCUCUCUACCGGUGCAACAGCAGCAGCAUUUGCCCUCCCCUCAACAGGACCCUGCUGGCAGGGCUAUGUACGGCAGGGCAGGCAACUGAGGACCAGAAAGGGGUCAACGUCUACCUCAGAGAACCUCUGGUCACUCAAGUUUGA